AUGACCAACUCUUACCUCCCAGCUUCCUUCACAGGAAUCCUCUCCUGGCCUGUCCGCCGCGACGAUGCCCCCGAGUCCAAGAGCGAUCGGAUCCUCACCAUGGGUAUUGUCGGAGGCAUCAUCCUUCUCUUUAUCGUGCCUCCUACCUGGUGGUUCAUUGCCCGGACCGUUCGACUUCGAAGGGCGAGACUUAAGGGGAAGGAUGUUGAGCAGGGUGCACAGGUUCAGGGACAUCGUCAGAGCAGCAUGUUCAGAGCAGUAUAUAACUACUCACAUCUCCCAUUACUUCACUCUCAUCACUCAUCGAAUCACCAAAGUAUCAUCACAAUGGCCAUCUCUAACCUCCUGACCCCCCUCUCCCUCGUCCGCCGCAAGGAGGUCGAAGAACUCCCUGAUGCCUAUACCACCUACAUCAUUCUUGGCAUCUGCUCUGGUAUUACUCUGAUUGUGAUGAUCGUCUGGUCCAUUGUGAUUUGUUGUCGGAAGAGAAGGCUCCGGGAUAUCGAGGAGGGCCAUGAACUCUCGAGUGUUGAGGCCAGUCCUCGCUGA